CUUGAAGCUAAGCAGACCAUUCUCUCAUGCGUCCUUCGCCUCCUACCCCUCGCCACAACAUCGCAUUUUGGACCCUCUCGCUAGCAGCAUUCCCAAUAAGCUACUAUAUGUUCACUCGCUUCUUCAGACCUAGCCUCAAGCCAGCCAAAGUACUCGGUAACCCCACCACUCCCACAACCGCCACUGCCCUCGCCGCCUCUGCCUCAACCAUGUCCUCUGCUGGUGAUCAUCAAGUCUUCACAGGCGCCAAUGGAUGCUUCUGGGGCCCAGCGCAGAUGUACACAAAGCACUUCAAGAACAAGGGUCUCAUCAGCCAGAAGGUCGGAUACAUCGGAGGCCACACAGCCAACCCUACCUACAGGGAUGUAUGCUCAGGUCGAACGGGCCACGCCGAGGCGAUUCAGGUCACCUUCGACCCCUCCAAGGUCUCCUACGCCGAGCUCGUCGAAUUCCUCUACCGUACGCACGACCCUACCACCAAGGACAGGCAGGGCGCAGAUGUCGGAUCGCAGUACCGCUCAGCCAUCUUCCCGCACAACGAUGAGCAGAAGGAGAUUGUGGAGCGCAUCACAAAGGAAGUUCAAGAGAAGCAUUUCACACCCAAUGGCAGGAAGAUUGUGACUACCAUUGAGCCGGCCAAGCAGGAGGACUUUGUUGAGGCAGAGGAGUAUCAUCAGGACUACCUUGACCUUAACCCGAGCGGGUACCACUGCUCCACGCACCGUCUGUACUGGUAAAGCGAAGCAAACGAUUUCUUUGGUAGCGUUGCGACUCUCCCUGUGCUCUGUCUAUACUACCACUUCAGCGGCGUCGAUGUCCUUUGGUGGCAAAAGGCCUGGUAUUAAGAUCGUGCCCGCUGGCUACUGCUCUACCUCUAACUUGACGCGCUUGCUGUCGCCCGAUUGCUCCGCCGCAGCCGCUUCCUCCUCUUGAAUCGCUCGCUCGAUGUCCUCCUGCAGUGCCCGCUCCUCAUCCACUGUCGCUUCCGGUGCCUGCUCUUCGUCUUUCUUUGCAGGCGCCUGAACGUCUCUUCCACCCCUGACGUCCUCAUCCUCCUCAUCCACUCUGUGAGCCCACUCCCUCUCCCACUCGUCCUCGU